AUGAAGAAAGGAUCUUGCAAGAGUCUUAGACUCACCAAUAUGAUGGAGAAGUGGAGAAAGUGUAAGAAAGGACACUUCGCGGUGUACACCAGAGAAGGCAGGAGGUUUGUUUUGCCGUUGGAUUAUCUGAAACACCCAAUCUUUCAGGUCUUAUUGGAGAUGGCCGAGGAAGAGUUCGGUUCCACGAUUUGUGGCCCUUUAAAGGUUCCUUGCGAUGGAGGUUUGAUGGAUCACAUCCUCAUGUUGCUGAGAAAGAGGAAUUUGUCUGGCCAUGAUGAUGAUGAUGAUGUGAAGAAGAAGAACCACGAUGUGUCCUCCAUGAGUAUGUCCUGCAAAGGAGCUUCAUCGGUUUCAUAUUUCUUCCCUCUCUUUCGAUGUAACGCAGCCCAUGAUCAGACCAAGCUUCAGUCUCUAGUUUUUUAA